AUGUCCGGGUACGACUCAUUUGACAGCUACACUCUUGCUUACAACAGCCGUGUGACUGCAAACAACACAGAAUGGUUUGACAGUGACACUACGGUGACGGGGAGACAAGCUCUUCUUGAAGCCGUGAUCUCCAAGGCCUCUGCACAGGCCGAUGUUUCGGUAAAGCAGUAUGAGCAUUUGCUAGACAUUCUGAGUGCCAAUGAUUCGGCCGCAGAUUUGUUGAAGCGCUUGAAUGGUUCGGGUCUUUUGGAUGAAAGGCAGAAGGCCACCUUGCAUGCUCUGGAACUGCGUGAAGCACGGUCGGGGUACAAGGCGAUUGCAAGAUUGCAGAACAGCAUUGGGAACAGGGUGUUCGGAGUCGGCAGCAACAUUGAGGAUGACUGGAACAUCGAUGCUGGAAGUCGUAAGCUAACAGUUGUUGACAGUGACUCAACUUCGGUUAGUCAUCAGCAAAGCGGCAUUCCCAGCAUGAACUUGCAUAUCAUACUUGACAAGUUGAAACGCGUGUGGCUUUUGCAGUUCAGUGUUCGACCUGUCUUGAAACGCAAGAUGUUUUGCUUCUUUUUUAUCUUAGUUGCUGUAGCCGGUAUGAUGAGUUUGACUGGCUGCAUGAUUCCUGGGUUCCAAAGAGGCAAUGGCGGACGUCGAAACCACAGCCAUGUUGGUGAUGCCGGCCCGCCGUAUGUCGGGACGGCGACCUUGAAGGUGCCACCCGCUUGGAGUGCUGAACGUGCUCACUGGUAUUCCCUUCGAAGCUGGUUGUCGGAUCUGAUAUUGUGGUCAGCUGCAACUGAUUUGGAGGGUGCUCGACAAGGACCAGUGGCAGCACUGCAGAUCAGCGGAGCUGCGAGGGAUUUGGUCCGAGAGAUUCCACCAAAUGUCCUUCAGAAUGGGCGCAUUGACCCUCAAACUGGUGCUCACACAUCUGGCUUGAUGGUGUUGGCUGAAACACUGAUUCAGCGCUAUGCUCCACUGGAUGCGGAAGUGGCCACUCGAUCGGUAAGCGAGCUCAUCAAUAUUCGUAAGAUGCAAGGUGAAAGCACGGAUGCAUUCCUUGUUCGCUUCGACGUGUUGCGAAACAGAGCCGCGAAUCGUGGUGGAAUGGCUGUCAACUUUAGUGGCUUAAGUUGGAUCUUGUUGAAUGCCUUAGGUUUAGCGCCAGAUCAGUGGGAAAGGUUGCUUUUUCACAAUGAGGGACGCAUGCCAGCUAAUGGUGAUGAGUUUAACCAGUUGAUGGAACGGAUUCGUAGGACUGGCCACAUGUAUGAAGGUCAUAUGAACCAUCGUACACAUCACCAAGGUGCCACGGGAGAUACUGGACUGUACUUUCACCAACCAGAGAAUGGUCCCGGUUCAGCCUAUUUCCCAACCUUCUCGAGUGAAUGGCCAAGCACAGGUUCCUCAUCCAAUCCGUUUGCACCAGCAGCACAGAGUCCGUUUGUUGAGAGCCAAGCAUUCGUUGGUACUGCCCAUAUGCCGUCGCAGGAUGCACAUGUGUCUCAAGCCGCAGGUCUGGAGAGGAUUGUGUCAGGACACGCAAGUCAGUCCUUUGUUUCCAGUGCUGAUGAUGAAUGGUGCCAAGCAUGUGGCAUGUACUUUGAAGACGAUGAGUUUUCUAGUGCCACGGAUUCCGACGAUGGUGCUAUUGACCCAGAUGCUGCAUCGUCGUACCAAUACAUCAGCAUAGAUGGACACACCAGAUCAGAUGAUUGCAGUGUGGCAAUGACCAACGCGCCAAUUCUUCAAGGCUCAAGCGCUGCUGUCGAGUUGGAGCAAUCGAGUCACGAAGAGGAACAGGAAGAAGAUCAUCCUGGUCCAAGUCAGGUUGAGCAUGCGGAUGAAGCCCGCAAUUCGCCUGCUGCGAGUCCGAUGUACCACACACCAGAGCGUUCGUCAACUCGCUACGGAUCUGCAGCGUCAAGUCCAGCAUAUCCGUCAACGAAUACUCCACCAGCUGCGCCGACACCUGGCGCUCCCCAGAAGCGUCGGUUGAAUUUGAGUGAGUUGCUUGCUGAGACUGAACAUCAUGAAUAUCCAUGGUGGGAAAACAUGGCCGGGAGCAGUUCACCGCAAGCAGAUCCAAUGGCGUAUCAUGUUCGCGCCAGAGUAGAUGGCAAGGUUGGCUUGUUGGUGGAUCCUGGUGCUCAUGACAACCUCAUCGGCAGUGAAACAUGUGAGUUGAUGGCACGGCAGCUGGGCUCCAAGGCAGUGUCCAAGUCGCUUGAUCGGCCCAUCAUGAUCAGUGGUGUUGGCAAGAACUCACAAAGUGCUGAUAGCUCUUCCACUGUUGAUUGCUGUUUUCGAACCAUCGACGGUCAGGUGAUUCGUGGAACGUACACUGCCCCAGUUGCGCCGGACAGUUCACUGCCACCUCUCCUAGGCCUCAAAUCGCUGAGAGCAAAAGAUGCCGUGGUUGACACCAAGACUCCAGCGUUGAUUUUGCCAGGGCCGGGAGGGAUUGAAUAUAGGUUGAGUCCGGGAAGCCGCAUCCGUCGACUUGAAAUGAGCGAUUCUGGCCAUUUGAUCCUGCCACUGAGUUCGCCGGGGUCUGACGCGAGCGGUUCGUCGUCCGAUAAUAAGCUGGAUUUCGUGAUGCAGUGUCGACGUAAUCGAUCGGUCAGUCGCAGUCCAAGUCCUGGUCAUGACCCGCAGUGA